AUGUCUGAAGCCUACGAGCGCGAACGCCAAAAUAACUCGCGACUGGACGACCUCGCCGGAAAGGUGUCUGCAUUGCGCGGAGUUACCAUCGACAUCUACGACAAUGCCCGCGACCAGGGUGUCAUCGACUCUUCCACAAAUGCCUUCUCUACCUUCUCGAAUAGCUUGCAGGGAAGUGCUGGAAGAUUGACACGUAUGGCACAACAAGGAAACAAGGUCGCCAUCCUCAAGCUUGCUGGUAUCAUCAUCGCCGUUAUUCUUGUACUCUACUGGAUCGGCGGCUGGGUCUUUGGAGGUUCGAAAGCUGCUUGAGUCUAUCGUCACUCGUUGUACACAUCGCGAAAUCCUGGAUCGUCUUGAUCGCUGUUGGACAUGGCGUAUAAGGGCCAGGGCCAAAGUCACACG